UUUUGACCGCGACGAAACUCCGACACGGAUACAAGGAUAUAUUGAGGAAGUGAGAGACUGAAAGAUUCAGAGAUGUCGGAGAAAAAGCUACGAAUGAUCACCUACCUGUCCCCAGGUCUGCCUGUUCAGUUGUUUGAGGUGUUGAUGCAAUACCUGGAAGAAAUAACAGGGAUGGAGACCUAUCUGAUUUACGAGUCCAGGUGGACUGGACCACCAAGAGAACGUACUGACCCCUUCACUGCCGACGAGGUGGACAUAGGGUUCAUGAGUAGUGAAACAUUUCUACCGCUGCAGCAGAAGAAGAACUCGUAUGUGGAGUUAUGUGGGGCGGCCCCAUUACAUGUCCACGCCAAGAGUCAGGCAAAUCCUGUCUACUUUUCCGACCUAAUCAUCAACACAGCAGACAUUGGGGAAUAUAAAGAGGUCCAUGACUUACGAGGACACAGUUUUGCCUAUGUAGACGAGGCCUCCCUCAGUGGAUGUUUGGUUGUACUACAAGAGCUGAAAAAGAUGGGAUUCAAUUCCAGUUUCUUUGGCAAUGUCCUCCGAUCAGGAUCUCACCUGAAAUCUAUACAGAUGGUACUCAACAAAACAGCCUUAUCGGCCUCUGUGGACUCAACCAUUUUACACAACUACCUCCAACAAAACCCACAGCACAAAGAAAAUCUCACCGUACUGAAGUCUUUUGGACCUCUCCCUAUCUACCCAGUUGUAUUUAACUCCCGCCUCCCAGAUGAUCUCAAAGGAAAAAUAACUCAAGCCCUGUUUGAUAUAUCAAGUAAGAAGGAAUGGCUGGAGAAACUGGAGAGUUUUGGAGUGACAGGUUUUAAACCUGUGGAUAUGUCUACAUUCCUCAAGGAAAAGGAACUCCUUGAAGCAGUUAAAAAGCUCAGUAUCACAGCAGCAUACUAUUAAAAUUUCAAAUGUCACGACCUUGUGGUCAGAAUCACCAAGUGUUGAUGGUGCAGUAUUUUGAAUUUGAAAAUAUUAGUGAAAAUACGGGUGAUUACGGGCAGAUGCUAAUGUUAAGAUUUUUGACUGAAUUGUUUUUUGUUGAAUCAAAAGCCAACAACUACCACUACUAGAAAAAUGUCAGUUGGGAUUGGAGUUAAGUAACUUUCGAUGGCGUCCAAGCUAUCGGUUACCAACAUAUGGUAGUAUUCUUGCGGAGUCCAUGACCCUACCGGUAAUAGCUCAUCAUUCGCAAAUCUUAAGUCAUUUCUAGAUAAGCAUUUGCGAAAUCAUGUAUUCGCAAAUAUGUCUGAUGAGGUAAUUAAGCGAAAUAAAGUAUUCAUGAAAUCUAAGUGAUUUACAGUAAAAACAAUCCACUGUUGGGGGUUUCCUAUUGUCCCGUCAACCAAACAAAUGGCUGGAAAAUGCAUCAGGGUUUUUUGUUUAUGUUAUUUGUAGACAAAUGGUAAAGCUGUGUUCAACAAUUAUUGAUAUACUCAUCAGUCAUAUCGUCUUUCAGCUAAAAAAUAUACUUAAAACAACAGAUUACGAGAGCAUCCGCUUUCCUUAAGUACCAUGAGAAUAGAAAAUUAUAAAUGAGAGUCUAAAGGAUAAAGAUAUGAAUUUCCUGUCAUUAAUGUUCUGUGUCUAAUAUCAAGGUAGAUUAAUGUUAUGUAAAAGGGAUAGGUUGGUAUGGCUAUAUUUCUUUGUCGUACAUGCCAUAUUUUUCUUCUGUCAAAAUGUGAAACAGGCAACAUAUUAUGGCAAUAGGUGCAUUAUUAUCAAGAUCAAACAAUAUUAGGUACUUGUAGAUUUUUGUACAUUGUUGUAUAAUAAUUAAUGGUAUGAUUUAUUGAUAAGAUGUGUAUGAGGCAUGGUAAAAAAGUUAUUUUGUCUUUUGUUUUUGUUUUUUGUUUUGCAUAUUUCAUGGAUCAGAGCAAAAAAUUAAAGGUAUUAAAUAUAUAAAAAGUAUAUACAAUGCAUUCCUGCCUAUAUAUUGGAUUACAAAGGCAAAAUGUCUUCAUGUCAAUUCAGGUCAAAUUCAGGUUAAUGUCAGGUCAAUAUUUUCAGGUCAAAUUGACCUGAAAAGAACAGAUUUGUCCAUUCAUGUCAAGAAAUUGACCUGAAUUUGACCAGAAAUUGACCUGAACAUUUCUUCACAUGAAAUUGAUCCCAUUUUCAGGUCAUUUUCAGGUCAAUAUUUUUUUAGGUCAAAUUUACCUCAAGACAUUUUGCCCGUGUACCCUAACAAAGUUCUGGGGAUUCCUUAAUUUCCGUGGGGUUUUAUUUUCAUUGAUUUUGUGGGUACUCUUAGACAAAUUACAAAUUAGUUACUAACAGGGAAAUAAUAUCCUUCUGAUUGGUCGAAAAAAAAUAAUGUGUUAUGAAUUAAUAUCAAAAGUGUAUAAGAAUAGAUAUUGUCACUUUCGCAUGACAUUUAAAAAUGUGAUGCAUGUUAAAGGUGGCUUAUACAAAAUAUGUCCCUAUACAUGUGGUAUUUUGUUGCUGGUGAAGGGUACAUUUUCUAACUUCUAGGUACCUUUAAUGAUGACAUGACACAUGAGCUCCAAAAAAUAUCUGAUUUUGCCGAAUUAUGUUCUAAUACUGAUUUUGAUUAAUACAAACGUAGACCAUUUGUUAGUCGUACAUUUGUAUAUGGGAACAAUAUAAAUGUGAUAUAAAUAUAGGGUAAGUUGAGAUGUUGUUUUUGGGACCAAUAUUGAAAUCAAUAGUUACUGUUGUAUCCAAUUUGUUUUGGAUAUCUGUAUAUCUGUAUACAUUGAUAUUUUUCUUAGUCAUUUUACUAAAAGUCAACAGCAUGUUGAAAUUUAAGCAGUUUAUAUUAUUUUCUAUAUCCAAGAAUCUCUACAAUUGCAAUAUAUUGUACAUAUAUACAAUGUAUAUUUAUAGACAAAAUACAUAACAUACCUAUAUUUAUAGAGACAAUAUAUAUAACAUAUCUAACAUCAAGCAUAUUAAAUUUUGUAGAGAUGAUAUAUAACAUUAUAAUGAUAUAUAUUUAUAUAUAUAUAACUGGAGUUAAAAAGGUAAUUUAGAACAAGGAAUGAUUAUGGGGUAUAUUUUUGACAUGACAACAGUUGUUUUAAAGUUGUAGCAGUUCAAUCACAGAUGAUGUCUUUAAUUGUUGUAAUGACAUAUGUUGUAUGUCUUUGUUAUCAUGACAAUAGGUGUUGUAAAGUUGUAUAUCUUAGACACAAAGAUGUAUGUGUUGUCAUGACAACCAUUGUUGUAAUGUUGUAGUAUCCGAGACACAAAAGAUAUCUUUGUUGUCAUGACAACCAUUGUUGUAAUGUUGUAGUAUCCCAGACACAAAGGAUGUCUUUGUCAUCUGAAUGGCAACAGAUGUAAAGUUGUAGUAAGUCAGAUACAAAAUCUAUCUGCUCUCAUGACAACAGUUGUUGUAAAGUGUUAGUAAUUCAGACACAAUAGAUGUCUUUGUUGCCAUGACAAUUAUUUUUACAAAACCACAUGCUCAAUGGAAUAUAUUUUUAUGUGUAUUCUAUUAUUGAACUUAGCAUCAAUGAACAUUCCGAGUUGCUUUAA